AUGGCUCCCUUUCGAAGUCAAAAGAUUUCUCCAACCAAGGACAAACCCAAAGUCAUACGAAGACUCGGCCAUUUUGAGAAAUACCAAUCAACUCUCCAUUCGUUGGGACUUUAUAAUGUAUGCGCCAUCUCUUGUCGCUAUGUGAUUCCCGACGCGUUGCUUGGUUCGGAUCAAUCUAUUGAGAAUACGGUCGAGACUGCGUUUGCUCGGGCCAUUCUCCAGCAUCCGUUCUUCACAGUCGGUCGGAUAAAUACUGAGUCCAAGAAGCCAUCUUGGGUACGACUGACUCACAUCGAUCUGAAAAACCACAUCGAGUGGCGGACAGCCAAAGACGCUGAGAGCUGCGAUAAUGUUGUCCAAGAGGUGUUGGAAUGGCAAGUGAACAAUUGCUUCACAAAUCUGGAAAGUCGGCCUCCCUGGAGAUCAGUUAUUCUGAAGCCCGAUAACUCCAACUUUGUUGAAAUCGUCUUUGCUUGGGAUCACGCAGCCGGGGAUGGUAAGAGUGGCAAGAUAUUUCACGACAGCCUCCUUGCGAGCUUCAACGCUCUAGCAGAUGGCAAGGAAACUGGGCCACUAUUGAAAGAUAGAGUCUUUGAGGUUCCAGUAACGGCUCUGACGCCUCCGACGCACAAUGUCCUCAAAUUCCCCAUCUCUUGGGGAUACAUUCUCGCACAGGUGCAUGAUAUGAUCAAGGGAUCACCCGACGGCCCAGACUCGCCCUACGCUGCAGCAUGGGCACCGGUACAAAAAACGCCAUGCACGACUCGACAGUCAACGAUAGUGGUUGAGGAAGAUGCUUUGCCACAACUUCUUGAGACGUGUCGUCAGCACAAAACAACGUUGACUGGUCUUGCUCAUGCGCUGAUACUCGUAUCCAUGGCAACGCGUCUCCCCAAGGAGAAAGCCCCGGCGUUUCAGAGUGGCACACCUGUCUGCUUCCGGCGUUUUGACAACUAUAGAACCCCUAAGCAUGCGAGUCUCAACCUGGAGCAGACCGUUAUGAACUGUGUAACCUACUGGGGCUACAAAUAUGAUGAGAGUAUUGUGGCAAAGGUUCGCCAGCAGGUCAGCGAUCUCAAGUCCAACCCGGAGUCCAAAACAGACCUCCAGGCCACAGUUUGGUCCGUCGCUGCAGAAAUGAGGCAAGGGAUCUCUGAGAAACUUGCUUCGGGCACCAAGGACGACAUGCUGGGGUUGAUGAAGUUUGUCGGUGACUGGAGGUCAUACUUUAAGGAUCUGGAAUCAAAGCAGAAACGUACCCACGACUGGGAGGUUAGCAAUCUCGGCGUGAUUGACGGAGGGGAUGGACAAGGAGACAAGUGGACGGUUGAGUGUGCUACGUUUACUCAGAGUGCCACUGGCAUUGGUACAGCUCUGUGUCUCAGUUUUGUUGCUGUCAAGGGCAAGGUGUUGGCCAUAUCGUGUUGCUGGCAGGUUGAGGUCAUUGAUGAUGGAUUGGUAAAGGGGCUGUUGUCUGAUCUGGAGACUUGGCUCAAUGAGCUGGGAAGAACCGCGCAUGUUUCUUUUAGGGUGAAAUGA